UUUACCAUUGUUGCAUAUGCCACCAUGUUUUCUGAUAUCCCAUCAAAUCCUAUUUUCUUUACCAUUUCCUUUUCCUGCGCGUACUUGCUUCAUGGUCUCAUACUCACCUCUCUCACCUGCGCCUUGACCCGUUUGCUCAAAUUCAGUCAAAACCAAACCCAUUUUAAAACCCGGCUUAGACAUCAAUUGACCAUUUCCUGCCACCAAAGAUUUGCCAAGCUUCUCUCGGGAACAGAAGCCUUCUGUAUAUAUUUACGCCUUUUGGGUGCAAAAAUUGGCAAGCACUGUUCCAUUAGAGCCAUCAACCCAGUAUCAAACCCCGAGUUAAUGUCAAUAGGUGAUGGAGUCCAUCUUGGUGAUUUUAGCAAGAUAAUCACCGGUUUCUACUAUUCAAACGGAUAUGCUUGUGGAAAAAUAGAGGUUCAGGAAAAUUCAGUAGUGGGAAGUCAAAGCCUAAUCCUCCCAGGCUCUGUUGUAGAAAAGAAUGUCAUUCUCGGUGCUCUUUCAGUUGCUCCAAUGAAUUCCAUACUCCAUGAGGGUAGCGUGUAUAUUGGAUCUCAAACCCGAGUUGCAAUCAGGAACUCUUCAAACUCUUUAGAUGAACGGAUAGAGGAAAUGAACAUGGAAUACAAAAAAGUAGUUGCAAAUAUGGCUGCAAAUUUAGCUGCAACAACUAUCAAUGUCAAAGCAAGAUACUUCCACCGCAUUGGUGUCAGUGGAAAGGGGCACUUGAAAAUCUAUGAAAAACUUGAGGGCAUUCCACUGCACAAGGUUUUUCAACCUGGUAAAAGCUACCCCGUCAUGUUAAGACACAGUAAUAGCUUGAGUGCUGAUGAUGAUGCUAGGAUCGAUGCACGUGGUGCAGCUUUGAGGAUUCUUUCUGAUGCACCCGAUUCUAACCAUGUCCCCCUCAUUGACCUGACACUAAAAACUGGCAAUGCGUUUUAUGCUCGCACUAUUGCUGAUUUUGCAAGCUGGCUUGUGUGUGGACUUGCUGCGAGAGAGGAACUUGUCAAGCGUACCCCACAUGUUCGUGACGCAGUGUGGAAUUCACUAAGACAUGCUCACUCAUAUGCUGAAUUGCAUUACUACUCAAACAUUUGCAGGCUCAUGCGCUUCACCGAUGGACAAGAAAUGUACGUGAAGUUUAAGCUGAGGCCUAUUGACACAAGCAUUGGUGAGGACACAGGUAAGGUAAAACCAACUGGGAUUCUUCCACCGGAAACAGGUGCAAUUCCAAGGGAUGAAACUGAUACACGCCCGUUACUUUUCCUUGCUGAAGAUUUUCAACGGCGCGUGAGUUCCCCCGGCGGAGUUCGCUAUGUCUUCCAAGUGCAACUCCGACCAGUGCCAGAAGAUGAAGCCACACGUGACAUCGCACUAGACUGCACCAAACCAUGGAAUGAAAGCGAGUUCCCUUACCUUGAUGUUGGAGAGAUAAACAUCACCGAGAAUCUCUCAAGGGAAGAAUCAGACAGGCUUGAAUUUAACCCCUAUCUCAAAAGCCAUGAGUUGGAUGUGAUCCCUGCCACUUCCAACACCCAAAGUGCCUCAAUCGAUCAUGGCCGCUCAUUGAUCUACGAGAUUUGCCAGCACGUGCGUAAUAGACAGCCACUCCCAGUCUCUUGGAGAAACCUCGUAGAACAAUCUAGCAUUAAGGUAGACUUGUCCUGCUGCCCUGUCGCAGCAUCAGUAGCAACAUCAAAGCCCAAAAGGGAGACAAAAAUGGUGACAACCUUAACCUUAACAAGAACCUGGUACCAGACAUUCUCGGCAGUUUUCACUCAACCGUUGUUACAAGCAGUUUUGCCCUACAUGGUGGUGGGUUUGUCUGUUUUUUCCCCUCUGAAUUUUGUCAUGAACAUGAAGAACGCUGAGAAAGUGUCGGUGCAAUGGUUGUUUCCUUUGUUUUGGAUUCUCUCGGGUGUUAUGGGCGCACUGGCAUGUGUUGUGGCGAAAUGGAUUCUGGUGGGAAGGAAGAGAGAGGGUGAAACAGUAGCCUUGUGGAGCAAAAGGGUGACCAUGGAUAGCACGUGGCAAGCCAUUAGAACGCUGGUUGGGGAGUAUUUCAUGGACAUAGCAAGUGGGUCGUUUUUGUUCGUGCUGUGGAUGAGGUUGAUGGGUGCAGAUAUAGACAUGGAUGGUGAUGCUUACGUUGACAGCAUGGGGGCUUUGUUGAACCCUGAAAUGGUGAAGAUUGAGAGAGGAGGGUGUGUGGGAAGAGAAGCAUUGCUAUUUGGACACAUAUAUGAAGGUGAUGAAGGUGGAAUGGUGAAGUUUGGAGGAAUCAAAAUUGGUGAAGAUGGGUUUGUAGGAAGUAGAGCUGUGAUAAUGCCUGGUGUUCGUUUGGAGAAUGAAGCCAGUCUCUCAGUCUUGUCGCUUGCCAUGAAAGGAGAAAUAGUUAGGUCAAGAUAA